GAAUGAAUUGCCAAUGAUACAUGAGGUUCUUGGCAAAUUUCCUGCAUUUGGAAAACCAAGAUGUGUUACCACUCCUAUUGAUGGAAUUUUGAAACAAAAAGCUGAACCAGCACCGAGACUUGUAAUCUUGGAGGGUGUACUGGACAACACCCCCAAAAGUGGGAUCAUUAUUGCAGAAGGUCUGAUUUUAUGCAGUAUAAAAUCUGAAAAAGAUGUGCCCCUUAUUGGCUUUGCUAUUGUUAGUUUAAUAGCCGUGUUUUAUGUUUUUGAUGUAAAAUACCCUCAACGACACAUCAAUAUGUUCAAUGUUUUUGAUGAGAAACUCCUAAACUUUAAGCUGAAGAAGCCUGGAAGUAAGACAUAUGAACGUUUCAUUAAAUCUGUAGUUUCAUAGUCACCUGUUUGCUUUUUGAGUAUGUUAUAAUCAUCAAAAUG